AUGACAGACAUCAUCAUCGUGGGUGGCGGCACCGCGGGCGUCGUGCUCGCCUCUCGACUCCACCAACGUAAACCAGAGCUGUCCAUCCUCCUUAUUGAAGCCGGGCCUGAUGUUACUGGCCAUCCUCAUAUCGCGACGCCUGCAGAGGCUGCAUUCCUGCACUUCUCCGACCUCGACUGGAAGUACAUGACGGCCCCCCAGAAACACUUGAAUGGCGCUCCUCGAUACAAUUGCGCCGUCAAGGGCCUCUCUGGUGGCACUAUCAUUAACUCGGGCGGCUGGAUCCGCGGAGAUGCCCUCGACUACGACGAGUGGGCACGCGAAGUCAAGGACGAGCGGUGGAGCUACAAUGGCCUCCUUCCUUACUUCAAGCGGUCCGAGAGGCACUUCGAUGCGGAUGGGGACCCUGCUCAGCACGGUUUUGACGGGCCUAUUGUUACCGCUUCCGUCAGCUCAUCUGGUCGCAAAUUCCCACUGCGGGACACCAUCUUCAAGCUCUGGUCUCACCUUGGACUCCAGCACGUCCCUGAUGCAAACAACGGUCACCCUCAGGGCAUCACCGACCUAGUCGAGAACUGGAAGGACGGAAGGCGACAGAUUGCCAGUGACACAUAUCCCCUGUACGGGGUCAAGGUGCUUACCGAUACUCUAGUGCGCCGCAUCAUCAUCAACGGCGACAAAGUUGCUGUCGGUGUUGAAUUGGCCAGUGGAGAGAUGCACAUGGUCAAGCAGGGAGGCCAAGUCGUCGUGUCCGCUGGUGCAUAUCGAACGCCACAGGUCUUGCAGCUUUCUGGCAUUGGUGAUCCAACCCAUAUUUCUCAGCACGGCAUCACCACUACCGUAGACCUACCUCAAGUCGGAACCAAUCUGCACGACCAUCUGUUGCUGUACAGAUACUGGAAGCUCCGGCAUCCCGAGAAAGGUCUCGCCGUAGGAUCACCACUCUUUGGCGGCCCCAACUUUGACAAAGGAGGACCAGUUGACUGGCUCGUCACAGCCCCGAUCCCUAUAGCACCACUCAAGGCAGCUCUAGAGAAAGACGAGGGCCAGGUGCCAGACGAUCAUCCACUCCUCAAGGGCCCACGAAGUCAUCUGGAGAUGAUCCUUCUGUAUGCCGUGUUUGGUGCUGAAGCCCAAGGGCUCCAGAUCCCUAUAAACGGAAACUCCAUCAUGACUUACUACAUGGGUUGUCUGCCAACUUCACGAGGAUCUAUCACUCUCAGUUCGAAUGACCCUUCGGCGCCUCCAGUUAUUGAUCCCAACUACUACGCCACGGAGACUGACAAGCACGUCAUGCGCGAAGGCUUUCGCAUGCACUCGCAGCUUAUGCUCGACACGCCUGAAGGAAAGGAACUCGUCGCCGAGGAGUACACUCCUCCCGGCUUAGCGAGUGCCGGGUUGGAUGCUUCGGAUGAGCAGAUCGACGAGCGUAUCAAGUUUGGGGGGUCGACAGUGUUUCACCCCGGAGGCACAGCUGCUAUGGGCAAGGUAGUUGAUGGAUCACUUAAGGUUUAUGGAGUUAAAAAUCUCAGGGUUGUGGACGCUAGUGUGAUCCCCCAACCACUCGCUUCGCACUACCAAGUCAUCGUCUAUGCAAUUGCCGAGCAAGCUGCUGACAUCAUCUUGAGUGAGGACUUCUGA